AAGAAGAAGGAUCGUCAGUGGAUGAAGAACUGAGCAGAUCCUUCAGGUCAGAGGAGGAACAAGACGAGUCUGAUGUAGAAGAACAAAACAGAGACACUCAAUCAGUCAAAAAGAAACCCACAGCUCAUCUACACCAUUUACCUAUAAUAGGACGCUAUUGGAGUAAAACAGAGCAACUCCCACAUCACGAUCACCCAUGCAGAGGUGUAAAGUUCUCCAGUCAACAGAAGCUGAAUUUGGUGUUGUGUGGAAGUGACGAAUCACUGAAGAUCUUCAUAUCAAAACUCAUAAGAGGAAAAAACAGAAAGGGAAAGAGUGUUUCUGUUUCACGUGAGAGAGAGAGAUCAGUGUGUGUGAAGAGAGAAGCGGCGGUACAUGAACGUCUGAUCACUGUUGUGAAUCUUCCAGCUCUGACUGGACUCUCAGAUGAAGAGAUGAUGUGUCAGACUCUCAACUGCGUGUCUCUCUGUGGUCCUGGAGUCCAUGUGUUUCUCAUCAUCGUUCCUGACGCUCCGCUCACUGACCAACACAAAACAGAACUGCAGGAGAUCCAGAGAAUAUUCAGCUCAAGAAUCAACGAACAUGCCAUCACCGUCAUCAUCAAAGACAAGAAUAUAAUUGGUCGACUGUUCAGUAAAAUGAGUAUUUUUCACUCUUCUUCUACUGAGGUGGAGACAUCUCAACUGUUUGGAGGUGGUGUGUUUGUUUUGGAGCGCAGCACACAGAUGGCAUCACUUCUUCAGGACGUGGAGCGUAUGAGACAAGAGAACCGUGGAAGAUGUUACACAACCUUCAUGUAUCUGCAGGCUCAGAUCGACCGGGAGAGAAACAAACACAGAGCUGAAAUAGAGAAACUGAGAAGAUCAACAGCAGCAGGUGUAACACACAGUGAAGAUGAUGAUUUGAGGAUUGUGUUGUUGGGUAAGACGGGAGUGGGCAAGAGCGCUUCAGGAAACACAAUCUUGAGAAGAGAUGCUUUUAAAUCAUUACUGACAUCAGGAUCAGUGACCAGAGAGUGUCAGAAAGAAACAUCUGAAUAUAAAAGAAGAAAGAUCUCUGUGAUUGACACUCCAGGACUGUUUGAUACUGCCGUUGAUAAUGUUGAGACCAGAAAAGAGCUUGUGAAGUGUGUCUCAAUGGCAGCUCCUGGACCACAUGUGUUUCUACUGGUGCUUCAACUGGGACGAUUCACUCAAGAGGAGACAGACGCUGUGAAGAUCAUCCAGGUGACCUUCGGUGACAAAUCCAGAAUGUUCACCAUGGUGCUGUUCACCAGAGGAGAUGACCUCAGAGGAACAACGAUUGAAGACUUUAUUGAACCUAAUGAUAGUUUACAGAGCAUCACCAGACAGUGUGGAAACAGAGAUCAUGUGUUCAAUAAUAAAGAGUCUCAAAAUCAAACACAGGUUUCUGAUCUUCUGGAUAAGAUCGACUGUAUGGUGGCAGCAAACGGAGGCAGUUUCUACACCAAUGAGAUGUUCCAGCUGGUGGAGAAGAACAUCAAAGAAGAACAAGAGAGAAUAAUGAAAGAGAAAGAAGAAGAGAUCAAGAGAAAAGAAGAAGAACUGAAAGCCAAAUAUGAAGCAGAAACUGAAAAGAUGAAGAAAGAGAAUCAGAGAGAAAGAAAAGAGAUGCAGAGAGAACUGAGAAGAAGAGAAAAGGAGUUUAAGACGAGAGAAGAAGAGAUCAAGAAAGAAACGGAUGAGAAUCUACAAAAAGAGCUUCAGAGAAAACUGGAAGAACAGCAGAAAGAGUUUGAAGAGGAGAACAAAAGGAAAGAAAAAGCUCUAGAAGAAAAACAGCAGAACUUCAGAUACCUGGAAGAGAAACAAAACCUUAAAGAUAGAAUCCAGAAAGAAACAAGAGAACAAGCAGAGCGUGAAUAUCUUCAAAAACUUGAUGAUGAAGUGUCUAAAGCCUUACAACAAUCUGAAAAGAAACUCCCGAGACGCGCAAAGCUGGCUCGUGACUGGAGCUUUUAUGGAAGUUUUGUUGGAGCAGCUGCUGGAGGUUUGGUCGGUUCUGGUGAAGAUCUUGUUCAAUGGAUCAUUAGCAAACAUUCUAAUCGUCAAGAUAAAACUGAACCUGUAUGUGGAUGUGCUUCUCCAGAAGAGGACGCAGAAGGCGGUGAUGAUGAUAACGAUGACAUGGCCUACAGUGCAACAGACGGCAGAAGAAGUCCAGAACUUCUCUCCCCCGACACUGUUGGUGGUUGUGAGAAGAGCACCAGUGAUGUGAGGAUUGUGCUGAUUGGAAAAACCGGAGUUGGGAAAAGUGCAACAGGAAACACAAUUCUGGGACAGAAAAUGUUUCAGUCACGAGCCGGAAUGUUUUCUGUGACGAAGCGAUGUCAGAGAGAGAGAGGAGAGAUGUGUGGACGUGAAGUGACUGUGGUGGACACACCAGGACUCUUUGAUACUGACUUAAGCAAUGAAGAGAUCCAACUGGAGAUGAUGAGAUGUAUUGAGCUCUGUGCUCCUGGACCUCACGUGUUUCUGCUGGUCAUCGCUGUCGGCCGGUUCACACAAGAAGAGAGAGAAACCCUUCAACUCAUCCAGAUGACGUUUGGACAGAAAGCUCAGAGCUACACUAUAGUUCUGUUCACACAAGGAGACAACCUCGGAGAUAAAAGUAUUGAAGAAUACAUUAAGAAAGGUGAUCCAGAUGUCCAUAAACUGAUCGGUGACUGUGGAGGAAGAUAUCAUGUGUUUAAUAAUAGAGAUAAAGACCCUCAUCAGGUCGAGAGUUUACUGAAGAAGAUUGAUGAGAUGGUGAAGAAUAAUGACGGCACUUUCUACAGUAAUGAAAUGUUCCAGGAGGCCGAGAGAGCUCUUCAACAAAUUGAGCUGUACAAGAAGAAAGAGGAGGAGGUGAAACGACAGAUGAAGGCCAUUAAAGCCAAAUAUGAGGCAGAUAUUCAAGAAUAUAAAGAGAAACUACAGGAGGAGACCGCAAGGGAGAAAAUUCGAGAACUUCUGCUGAUGGUGAGAGAGACAAGACAGUCCAAAAAACAUCAAACUGAGGCUGAAGACACGGUACAUCCUGAACAAUUACAAUAUAAAACUCAUCUAGAGAAAGAGAAAAUCCAAAAGCAGAAAAAUCCAGUUUCAGCAACAACAGACAUAGACACAGAGGAGGAGUCAGCACAAGGAGCAACAGGAGGAGAAUCUGAACAACAGAUAAAGACAAACAAGAAAGCCAGUAGAAGUUUUAGUUUUGUAAACAUAACACUGACCAAAAAGUAUAGACAGCAGGCUGAAAGGUCCCAGAAGGAACACGAAGGAAAAGAAAGAGCAGUUAGAGAAGAAAAGCAAGAAGAAAGGAAAGAUUCUGUCUCUUUCAGUCAAGAAAGACCUGUGAUGAAUCCCAAAGAUCAGACUGGCUCAAAGAUAAAACGAGAAAACAUAGAUGUGCCUCAACUAUCUGAAGAGUUGAGAGAAACAGUAAGAGACAAAGUUCUUCUUCAGCAGAUGAGAGAAAUAGAGGAACACAUGAAGAAGAUGACAGAAGAUAUGGGAAUGUACAGAGACGCCGCUGAGAAGCAUGCUAAACAACACAAGAAAAACCAAAAGAGAAAUGCUAAAAAAAUUAACAAAAGAAGAAAACUGCGAUGUGUUAUUCAAUAACAGAGACACCUCUCCAGAUCUCCAGUAACUGAAUGUGAUUCUUGCUGUAUGGAAAUCUAACCUGUUCUCUUCGAUCGGCAUAUAAAUACACAACUACACUUUCUAAUCGCAUGAAAUACAUGCUCUUGAGUCCAAUUUUGCAUUCACGUGAUACACAAAUCAGGACAAAACUAUGGGAGUCAAUGGUGACCCAAAAUGGCAUGGUUCAUUAAAAUAUUUUCAUUUGUGUUCCGCACAACAAAGGAAUGUAUACAGGUUUGUAACAACCGGAGGGUGAACGAAUGAUGACAACAUUUUCAUUUCUGGGUGAACUAUUCCUUUAGGAAGGAUUGGCGUAUCGUGCAUGCAAAAUUGGACUUAAGCAUACGCAUUACACACAAUCGGAAAGUGUAAAGUCGUGUCAUUUAUAUGCAGAUUGAAGAGAACGGGUUGGGAAAUCAGAUUGAUAGUUUUAUGGACAGGAAAGAGAGGAGAUAUAUAAUAUAUGUUGGUAUAGACUGAGGGGUGAGAUCAGAGAAUGAACCUCACUCACACAACAUCUGUCAGGACCUAAAACAUAUCUUGAAAUAUUUGAAAUUUUCAUUUUUAUUUGAAUUCAUUCCAAUAACAUGUUCAGUUAAGACACAUUAUUAACACAACAGUUUUAAAAGGUGUGAUCAGUAGUUUAUUAGUGGUGCUUUUUUCAAUCCUCACUAUUCAUCUCUCAUACUUCUUUUACUUUUCAGUGAUACACAGUAAAAAAAAA